GUUCCAGUGAAGAGCCACCAAGCCAAAGUAAUGCAUAUCAAAGCAAUUUUGACCGUGUUAGCUGUCCUGUGCCUGACUUUGGUCGCUGGACAACAUAGCAACUGCGAUGAAUUGACCAGGAGGUGUGAACGAUGCGUGGAAAGGCUGAACAACCGAAAUGAUCGUGAGAUGCCUGUUCUGAAUAGACAUUGCAGGGAAAGGACACAAAGGACUUGGCGCUGGAGGAAUGUGGGACGUUGUGAGCUCACCAGGCUCAACUGCCAGGGAGUUGAUCGUCGCAUGAAUUGUAAUGACAUCGCUGAGCUCGCCGGCAUGGAACGUAUUAAUUGA